AUGAGCAAUUCGUUUCGUUUGUUCUUGGCUGUCACCACGAUUGCCGUUUGCUGGAGCAAUCAUGUUCCAGUUUCUAGACAAAACACCAGGAAGCUAGGUGUUUCAUUUGAUAUCAAAACUAAAUUAACGAGAACUUCAGUAAACAACGACUUUGAAAGUGGCUCACCUGAUCCAUGGAUCGAUACUUCCCCAACCAGUGUUUACUGGAACGUCGAGGAUUUUUCUACUCCGACGGAGGUUAAUUAUCCUCCACCUACUCCAUCAAUGGGCAGCAAAUAUUUACGAGCUACAAGGGACAGCCAACUGGCUCCUGGCCUCCUCAUUUUGCGUACCGUAACGUUCACAGCAUUUCCCGGUGAUGCAAUCUCGUUCAAGUUCUGGAUUCGAUCCAAGUACACCGGUGGCAACACACUAGACCUCGUGCUGGUCAUUGACGAUGUUGAAACAACUUUGUUGGCAUUGUCCAGCUAUUCCACUUCGGUGAAUGUCGAGUGGCGUACAGCCUCUUCUUCCUUCCCUAUCUCGACACCAACAAACUUGACGCUGAUAUUUUACGGUUAUUGUGGCGGAAAUUCUGAAGAUGCGAUCGCAAUUGAUGACAUCCUCUUCAACAGUUCCAUAACCGAACAAGGGACACCAAAUUUCUAAGUAUCUGAGAGGUGCUGAAUAAAGACUUUAGAGUUA